AUGGCGAGCGCCAAGACUCUGUCAAGCCACAUUUUGGAUUGCAAGUCCUGGCCUGAGGAGGAAGAGGAUUUCGACGAGCUUGACGCGCAGCUCAUCAAGAACACCGGGCACCCGACAACUGCUCGAUUCGUGUUCGCCUACCUUCCAGCGGGCAGUUCCAAGCGAUUGGGUGACGGAUCGGAGGCAUACGUUCGUCCCUUGAAGCGCCGGUCAGAAAAAGACAUUACGGAUUCGAAGUUGGAGCUCGUACUCAGAUCUCACGCCUACUGUUCGUUAGUGAACAUCGAGGAUUACAGGGCUCUAGGAGACAAGGACCAAAUUUGGACCAAGCGGUUCUCGGGUCAUGGCAAGGAACUAUCAAGGAGUUUGGCAAGUCUUCUGAUCCAGUCAGGCGAUGAGGUCCUUCUUUGCCUCAAGGUCGAGGUGUACGGGCGUCGUGAAAGUGAGGAUGCUCACAACAUCCCGAGGUUAGGAGAGCCGGACAGCAUCAGGCACUUCAAGGUGGCCAACCUGACUUAUGACAGCUCGCAGAUGAUCAUCAUUGGGACGGUAGCUUGGAACGCCUUGGUGACUAUGGCAGUUGUGGUGACAAGUGGCAAGGUUAUCGUAGGACCUCACAAUCCCUGGUUCUACCCUCAUGCAGCAUCACACCUAUGGAUUCUGAAGAAUGGCGACGAAGACCUUAACAACAACUUGGAACGUCAUACGCGAUCCAAGUUCGACCAAGGGUCAUCGUACGAGUUGCUUGCAGCCGCGCACCCACGUUUUCUCGGCUACAGCACCAUGCCAGUGACCUUAAGCACUCUCUGGGACUUCAAGUCAAGAGGAAAAUGGAAACCAUGGUCGGGCAUUAAGCUUGCAUCAUUCGUUUUCCACCUGCUCCUCAACCGUGGGAAGAUAUUGAAGACGGAUGUGAUCCAACCGCUGCACGAACUUCAAGCGCGCGAGAAUUCUCCAAAAGAGACGGCUACGGUUGGGAUUGUUGCAAACUUGAGCCGGCUGGUGGAGGCCAUGAGGGAUGAAGAGACGAAACCUGUUUCAUUGAAGGUUAGCAAUGAACUAAGACAGCUGGCAGAAAAGUUACAAGGGGAAAUAACCCAAAUCAACAAAACUACAAUUACCGAUCAGGUGAAGAUCGUGAUUGGUUAUCUCAUUAAAUGA